CGAUCUCCAAAGUCGUUUAUUAUCUCCAUUUCCAAUAGAUUGACUAAAGACAAGAAGAUAUGGAAUAUUUAACAAUGUGGCGAUCCACCAUUGUUUUGUUGUUGGCCUCAAUGUGGCUUAACAUUACGACAACUACAACCGCUGCAGAUUGGAAGAUUAUGAUGAUGACGCAGAGAUCGACCAAGUCUGGCGAGAUGUCGCUAAAAAACUAUUGUGAGAGUUGGAGGAUGAAUGUUGAAUUGAACAACAUCCGCGACUUCUCAGUAGUUCCAUCCGAGUGUACAAGCUACAUUGGGAAGUACAUGACUGGGACCCAAUUCAAAGUUGACUCAGAAGCCACAAUAGAUGAAUGCACCCUAUACCUCAAUACUCUGUCAUGUCAUCUUAUAAAGACCGAUGGCAAGGAUGCUUGGAUCUUUGACAUCGAUGACACCCUCUUAUCAACCGUGCCUUACUACAAGAAACACGGAUAUGGAGGGGAGAAACUAAAUGUGACUGAAUUAGAAGAAUGGAUGAGAAAAGGAAAAGCUACUGCAAUGGAUUACAGUUUACGGUUGUACAAUGAUAUUAAAAAAAGAGGCAUACAAAUCAUAUUGGUAUCUUCAAGGAGAGAACAUCUUAGAGCAGCCACUAUUGAUAACCUUGUCAAUGUUGGUUUUUAUGGGUGGAAGAGUCUUCAUAUGCGGGAAGAUGACAACGACAUGAAAACAACAGUAGAGGAAUACAAGACACAUGUAAGGAGUGAGUUGAUAAAAGAUGGAUAUCGUAUCUGGGGCAUUUUAGGAGACCAGUGGAGCAGUAUCAACGGAAUACCAACUGCUAAAAGAGCAUUCAAGCUCCCCAAUUCUCUUUACUAUGUUGCUUAAUAUUAACUAGUAAAGUUUGGAAUUGGGAUCCGCAUUGCGGAUGGUGUUGAAAUGUUUGCGUUAAUAUCCAAUUGUGUUUGCAUUGAACUUAGAUCCGUUUGAUUCAAAUUAAAUUUUGAACUUAGAUUUCAAUUAAUGUGAUUACAUUUUGUUAUUGA